UAACAGAUUACAUGGAUGUCAUAUACACCCCGAUGUUGGAGAAGUUGCCCUCGACAGGUCGAGAGCAUUAAUUAUGAUACACGACGAGCAUAUGUUCCAUUGAUAUGUUUUGACAUUGUUGAGCGUCAUUUUCCAAACUGUGUAUUGUGUCAGUUUGGCUAUGAGCGGGUCAUUCCAUCAUCUGUUGAUAAGUACAGGGAUCUUCAUAAGCUCGUUAGGCAUGGGAAGCCUACAGGAUUGGCCACUAAGGCAUGUUCGAUACAUUUCUAUGUGGGAGAGGCGAGCGGAAAUUGUUGUCACUGGGAUGCCAACAAUGCAACCAUCAAUUCCUUUGGACUACAUGGGAUGGUAUUACACCAUCACAGAGUUAUUUGCUUCCCCUUCAUUCAAGCUACCUACUCACAAUUAUCAACCUAGUUCGGUUGCACUGCACUUGAUGGUAAGUGUGCUAGUAAAGUGGUUCAUGUUCUGUAUUUAAUAUUUUCCUAUUAUUUCAAAAUAAUUAUAAUUAAUGUUCCACGUUUCAUACACGGGCUUUGCAUCAUAUCCAUGAGCUAGUGACUACUAUAAUGAGUGAGCUCAAUGACGUGGACACAUACAAUGAGGUUAUGUCGGGCAUUGCUUUGCUCUGUUUUACAUAUGACCUCCUCUUAAUAUUCUACGGUAUCCACAUCUACACCAGCAUCAUCCCAGCCGGUGAGCCGUGGCAGAGUUGUUCUUCAGCCACGUCAGCGGCGUGGACGUAUGCGUCCACAACCACAUCUGAAUGAUCAAGAGGAUCAUGAAGAGCAUGAAGACUUGUAGCCUGUCUCCACUAAAUAUUAUGUUAGGAAAAUCAUUAUAUUUAUUUAUGAGUGUCGCUAGUUUUGUCAAUCUUGUGAAACACCAUGCUUAUUAAUUACUCUCUGUGUCCCUUAAAAUUCUUCUCAGAUAUCUUUUUGGGGUGUCCCAAAAAAAUUAUUCUCAUUACCUUUUUUGAAAAUUUUGUGUGGCUAAUAUUCAUUUAGAAUGUUACUUUUUAUUACUCAAUCACAACUAUACAUUUUCAUUUUAUUAUCACUUUUUAAAACUCCGAUCCAAGUCAAACUUGGAAGAUUUUUAUGGGAGAGAGGGAGUACUUAAUCAUUUGAGGAUUCGGG